GAGGCAAUUGAGUUUGUUCAUUUUUAAGCAACUCUCUCACUUUUCAGUUUCCCCAUCUUUGCCAGCCAGGGUUCUCUCUCGACGCAGAAAGAAUGCCGCCGUUUUCCUCCACACAGCUUUUUCAAACCACCGCCUCCCACUUGCCCCCGCUCCUCCGUCCGCUCUCUCCCUCCGCCCCUCUGUCGCCGCUUCCGCAGCCGAAACUCCUCCGCCGCAGCCUCAAGCUGCCCCUCCGCGUCCGGUCCCUCGACGCCGCCCAGCCGUACGACUACGAGGCCCAGCUCCGAUCCCACUUCCACGAGUCCUCCUCCCUGAAGAUCGCCAUCCUCGGCUUUGGCAACUUCGGCCAGUUCCUCGCCAAGACCUUCCUCUCCCAGGGCCACACCAUCCUCGCCCACUCCCGCUCCGACUACUCCGCCGCCGCCGCCGACCUCGGCGUCGCCUUCUACCGCGACCCGCACGACCUCUGCGAGCAGCACCCGGAGGUCGUCCUCCUCUCCACCUCCAUCCUCUCCACCGAGCGCGUCCUCCGCUCCAUCCCCUUCCAGCGGCUCAGACGGAGCACCCUUUUCGUCGACGUCCUCUCGGUCAAGGAGUUCCCCCGCGACCUCUUGCUCAAAUUUCUGCCCGCCGAGUUCGACGUCCUGUGCACGCAUCCCAUGUUCGGGCCCGAGAGCGGCAGGCAUUCGUGGGCGGGGCUUAGCUUCGUGUACGAUAGGGUUAGGAUUGGGGACGAUGAAUCGAGGGUCGAUAGGUGCGAGAAAUUCUUGGAUAUCUUUGCCAGGGAGGGUUGUCGGAUGGUGGAGAUGAGCUGCGCCGAGCACGAUCGGCACGCGGCCGGGUCGCAGUUCGUGACUCACACCGUGGGAAGGGUGUUGGAGAAGUUCGGAUUGGAGUCGUCGCCCAUCAAUACCAAAGGGUACGAGACCCUGUUGGAAUUGGUGGAGAACACGUCGGGGGAUAGCUUCGAUUUGUACUAUGGAUUGUUCCUGUAUAACGAUAACGCGAUGGAGCAGCUGCAGAGGUUGGACAUGGCGUUCAAGUCGAUACAGAAUGAGCUGUUUGGGCGUUUGCAUCAGAUUUAUCGUAAACAGUUGCUUGGCAAUAUGGAGGGGGCCAGAGAAUCAGGCAUGACGAAAUCCAUGGUUCAGAAGUUGCUCUCUAAUGGUGCUCCUCCACAUACCGAAGCUCCAUCGGAUCCUGACAUCACUACAUGAUUGAAUACCUGAAAAUGUCGCCUGUUGGCUUGCCUUGAGCUGCAUUGUGAAAGAUUUUUCCUUUUCUGUGUUAGGCAGUCAGUACAAUCGGUUGUGGCCUUUUGUCUAUCUAUUGAUAUGCCAUAUCUGUUCAUCUGGUGAUUAAUGUGUACACUGGAGAGGUAGUCAGCUAGUAGUUUCAAGACUUUUUCCGCGUCUCUUAGAAUAGAUCAUCUUCUGUGUUGGCAAGUGAUAUUUGAUUUUUAUUACGCAAUAAAUCAAUGAUUCCAGUAUGUCUCCAAAAA